AUCUAACUCAAAAUUUAAAAAGUCAUUUAAAAUCUGGGUGUAUUCAAUUCAAACUUUAAAAAAUCUUUCUAAAUAUGAUGGUAUUCAAAAAUUGAUGGAUUUUUAAAGAUUUUAAAAAUUGAAAAUUGUGGAUUUUGAUGGAUUUUCAUGCCUUGGGUAUAAAUACAAAUCCAAUUCCCAAAUCCAAUCAAAAGCCUUGGGAUUUUGCCUACUCCUAUUCUCGUUCUUCAUCUUCUCUCGUCCAUGCCUUGUUCUUCUGCCAAGUCACCGGAGCUCGGAACCCCGACGGAAGGCCUUCCUCGGCUCUGCACGCUGCUCUACUGCCGGGGUGCUGUUGGCCACUGCAAUCCUAUCGCCGAGGAGGUCGUCGUCGUCGCCGAGAAGGUCGUCCUAUCGCCGAGGAAGUUGUCUUGUUCGCCAAUAAGUAAGAAGUAUAAAAUCCUCCACCAGUCGACUGAGGAGCUGAUGGCGAGUGUAACCAGCGUUUCAUGGUCUCCACUCUUCAAUAAUUCGUCUCUUCUCUUGUUCUCUCGUUCCAAUUCACUCUCACCCACCUUGCAAUUCAAGGGCGUUUGCCAUCGGGAAUUGGUCUUGCUCCGAUCGCGCUCCUCGUCGGAUAAAGAUAUUGACGUUGAAAAAGAAUCCAAGACGGAGUUAUUGUCUCCUCCAUCUAGCAGUGAUUCGAGCAUUUCGUCAUACACUUGGUGUGCAUUCCUGGGUGGGAUUGGGUUCUUGGAAACUUCCUACUUAACACACGUCAAGCUCUCUGGUUCUGAUGCCUUUUGCCAUGUUGUUGGUGGCAGCUGCAGCAACAUCCUUAACAGCAGCUACUCGUUUGUAUUCGGAGUUCCACUUCCAUUGAUGGGUAUGGUUGCAUAUGGAUUAGUUGCAGUACUUGGGCUGCAAUUAGGAAGAAAGUGGUUGCCACUUGGAGUUGAAGAAGCUAAUGCGCAAUUUCUUUUACUUGGCACGACGACUUCUAUGGCUGCUGCUAGUGCAUACUUUUUGUACAUCCUAAAUACGAAAUUCCCUGGGGAGUGGUGUCUAUAUUGUUUGACAUCUUCUUUAUUAUCCUUCAGUUUAUUGUAUGUCACUCUAAAGGGGUUGGGUAUCAAGGAAAUGAAAAAAGAAUUGGUUUUACAGCUAUCUGUAGUGCUAUUGGUGGUUGUUGCGUUACAUAGUUCCUAUAAUCAGCAUGCCCCUCAGCUCACAAGUUCUGAGGCAGCUGAGCUGCCAUACUUCACCACUGAGAUCACAACUCAUUCAAGUCCUUAUGCUAUAUCUUUAGCAAAACAUCUAAGUUCAGUUGGAGCAAGAAUGUAUGGAGCUUUCUGGUGUUCACAUUGUCAAGACCAGAAACAGAUGUUUGGGAAAGAAGCAGCAGCUCUAUUGAACUAUGUAGAAUGCUUUCCUACUGGGAUGAAGAAAGGAACCACUAUGGCUUUGGAAUGUGAACUUGUUAAGAUUGAGGGGUUUCCAAUGUGGGUGAUUAAUGGACAGGUUCUAAAUGGAGAGCAGAAACUAUCUGAACUGGCUAAGGUGUCAGGAUUCCAAUAUGAUGAAUCAAGUUUAGCUAACUGACCUUGAUUGCUGGGACUAACCAAACCUUGAGAACUGCUCUAUAUACCUAUAGUAGCUGUGGGGAAGCGGAUUCCCGUCUAAAGUAUAGUACUCUUUGCAAGUUUGUUUUAAUCUACUCCGUAUUUAGAAAGACAGCAAUAAUGACGGAUCGGAGAUAGAGUUUCGGUGUGGUGUUAUGGACUUGGUGCCCUUGUAGUUAAAAAAUUGCCAUGGCAGUUUUCUUUGGUGCCCUCAUGUAGAAACAAAAAAGAAUAUGUAGAAAGGUGCCUUGCAAAUUGUGUGUUUUGAGGAUAAAACUGGUAGUGACAUGGAGUGUUAUGUACAUUAGGCUUGGUGAAUAAAAUAAUAAGCAUGCCCAAUAUUAGUGAGAUACGAUGGUAGACACAUGAGUAGGCCGAGAGGCCUAUUAGCCUACAUAAUGCUCUGUAUUAAGGUU